AUGGCCGCACUGAGUUCCGCAGCACUUGCCAACUUACAGAAGCUCGAGGUCCGCGGACGCGAUGGCCCGGUCCAAAAGGAAGUACUAAUUGCCUGGGACAUCGAGAAUGCUCGGCUGCCGACCGGCGUGCCAGUGGAAGAAGUCGAGAAGGCCAUCUCUAACGCUUUCCAGUACCUGCAGCGCCGGAAGCGCUCCGGCUUCCUGUGCGCUGUCAGCCCCCUGUCCCACGACGCCAUGAUGAAGGUGUACGGCCGGGAGCAUGUGCACUACCUAAUGCAGCAUACCGAGUACCUGCUGGCACCAGGGGGCGACAAGAGCACCUCCACGGACUCGAAGCUUCUGGAGAGGAUCGAGACGUACGUGGGGCGACAGAUUCAGGACGGCAAGGCCGCAUCGAGUGUGCUGGUGGUCAUCACCGGCGAUGACGAUUACACCAAGUGCAUUCGUCAGGCGAUGAACGCCGGCAUGGAUGUCGAAGUGCUGCACCCGGAGGGCAUCACCAGCGGCAAUUUGCUUUCUGCCAUCCGGGGCCGUGCUAACGCGUGGCAUCACGAUUGGAUGGAGUUCCUCCAGUAUUGGCUCCGGAACCACCAGGGCGUGGAGGUGCCAGCACAUAACGCCGGCGGUAGUGCACCACAGCAGCAAUGGAAGCAGCAGCAGCAGCAAGGCCCAGGAAGCGCGCGGCCCGGAAGCAGCAAGGGAGCACCAGCUGAAAUGGACUCUGCUGCGCGACGUUCCCAAAUAGGUUGGGCUGGCAAGGACGGCAAGGGCUUCCAGGACGGCAAGGGCUUCCAGGACGGCAAGGGCUUCCAGGACGACAAGGGCUUCCAGGACGGCAAGGGCUUCCAGGACGGCAAGGGCGGCAAGGGCUUCCAGGACGGCAAGGGCUUCCAGGACGGCAAGGGCGGCAAAGGCUUCCAGGACGGCAAAGGCUUCCAGGACGGCAAAGGCUUCCAGGACGGCAAGGGCUUCCAGGACGGCAAGGGCUUCCAGGACGGCAAGGGCGGCAAGGGCUUCCAGGACGGCAAGGGCUUCCAGGACGGCAAAGGCUUCCAGGACGGCAAGGGCUUCCAGGACGGCAAAGGCUUCCAGGACGGCAAGGGCUUCCAGGAUGGCAAGGGCGGCAAGGGCUUCCAGGACGGCAAGGGCGGCAAGGGCUUCCAGGACGGCAAGGGCUUCCAGGACGGCAAGGGCGGCAAGGGCUUCCAGGACGGCAAGGGCUUCCAGGACGGCAAGGGCGGCAAAGGCUUCCAGGACGGCAAAGGCUUCCAGGACGGCAAAGGCUUCCAGGACGGCAAAGGCUUCCAGGACGGCAAGGGCUUCCAGGAUGGCAAGGGCGGCAAGGGCUUCCAGGACGGCAAAGGCUUCCAGGACGGCAAAGGCUUCCAGGACGGCAAAGGCUUCCAGGACGGCAAAGGCUUCCAGGACGGCAAGGGCUUCCAGGAUGGCAAGGGCGGCAAGGGCUUCCAGGACGGCAAGGACGGCAAGGGCUUCCAGGACGGCAAGGGCGGCAAGGGCUUCCAGGACGGCAAAGGCUUCCAGGACGGCAAAGGCUUCCAGGACGGCAAGGGCGGCAAGGGCUUCCAGGACGGCAAGGGCGGCAAGGGCUUCCAGGACGGCAAGGGCGGCAAAGGCUUCCAGGAUGGCAAGGUCGACGACAAGGCCGCGAGUGGCGGCCCCAGGAGUAAGGCAUCCACUAAGAGCGCUGCAUCCUCGUCUGAGCCUGCAAGCACCACCCUUAACCUGGACAGCCUCAAAGUAAUUCGUGAGCAUCGUACACCCGAAUACGCACUACGCGCCCUUUGCCAUAUGCUGCUGUCGGAGCGCCGCAAGAACAGCGACUUCUACAAGGACCUGCACGCCAUGGUGAACGACUCUGGCUGCAAGCUGCUGGUGGGCAAGGAAGAUGAGACGAUUGGCGAGCUGACCGUCGUCUGCACUGACGAUGACGAACCGCACCCGCAGCGGGUCGUCCAGAGCGCGCGGGAUCGGCUGCGCCACACCCUCAACACAUGGGCGACUUCGUGCACCUCAGUGCCCUAUUAUUCCGCGGGCCCUUACGUAGCGCCGGUUUAUGAGGGCGACCAGUUGCAGCCCCUCAACCUCAACCACAACUGUGGUGGAAGAGGUGGUUGGGGAGCAGCUUUUGAGGGCCGCCUCCGUUGGCGCGGCUCUUGUUCCGCUGCGGGCUGGCUCAAGAGUAAAACUUUUGAGUUCAGCACUGCAGCUACACGUCUCGCGCAGGCCAUAGUAGUGCAAGAAGGAAGCGUUUGGAACCGUCGUUGCCCCGGCGGUUACCAAAGAGUGCUCACCCCACGAAGUGCGGAAUUCUGUGGUCCCUGCGGCAGUUCACGCCGCGGACACGGGAUUUAA